AUGAGCGCCAGAGGUAAAACCGGCAGUAAAACAAGAGCGAAGGCUAAAACUCGUUCAUCCAGGGCAGGACUGCAGUUCCCCAUCGGUCGUGUGCAUAGGCUGCUCCACAAAGGAAACUAUGCAGAACUUAAUCUCACCGCUGAGAUUCUGGAGUUGGCCGGAAACGCCGCUCAGGACAACAAGAAGACUCGUAUCAUUCCCCGUUACCUGCAGCUGGCAGUGCAGAAUGACGAGGAGUUGAACAAACUCUUUGGUGGAGUGACCAUCGCUCAGGGUGGUGUGCUGCCCAACAUCCAGGCUGUGCUGCUGCCCAAGGAGACCGAGAAGACCAUCAAGAAGUAA